GUCCCUAAAAGUGAGGAGGCCCUGGGUGGUCCUCUCCCUGUUCCCUUCAGGUAAGCACCUGAGUGUUCUAGAACUGGGGAGGCACCCCCACUGUGGGGUGACAUGUUAGAGGAGUGCCCCAGACAUAAGGCGGCCAGACAGGGGUGUCCUCAGGAACAGGUCGGGCACCCUGCCAUCCACCUAUCCCCACGCACCUCCUUCCACAGGUGCCUGCAGGCACUGGCCCUGGUAGGGCCUCUGGGGAAUAAUGGCCUGGCCCCAGGGCUCCCUGGAAAGAAAACCCUCAGGUGCUUUCCUGAGCGAGGUGACACUCAUGUCCCUCCACAGCAAUACCUGUCCCACUGUGCUCCCCGCCCUGUGCUGUCCCGAAAUUUCCAUGUGGGAGUCAGGGUGGCUCUGGUUUGGGGGCAGUGGGAUGGGGUGAGCUGGGGACCUGGAGCAUCUGCUCAAUGGCCCAGUCUGGGGGUGACAUCCCUGGAGAGGAAGGACAGUGGAUCCAUUUAGCAGAGAAUGGGGCCAAGGGGGAUACAUGUGGUGGGAGCUGGGGGCCUGGCCUGGAGACCCAUGGUGCGUAGUGCUGGAGGACUGUGUAGGGUCUGUGGGAUAGACAAGUGGGGACAGGGGCCCUGAAGGAGAGCAGAGCAGUUUGGUCCAAGUGAGACUGGGCUGAUGGCUUCUUCUGGGAUGCUGUCUUGCAUGCCAAGGCCAGGCUAAAAGGGUGUGGGCUUAAUGUGGUGGCCAGAAUAGUAAGGCUGGCCCCUGGGGAGUCGAUAACCAUUUUAUUAACCGGUAAGCCUGUGGGCAAGCAGCAGGAGCUUGGCAGACAGUAUCCUGCAUCCUGGCCACUGUGGUCUGGCCACUGGAAGAGCUGGCCUGGUGGCCCUUGCAAGGAAGGGCACAUUGGGCAGUCACAGCAUGAGGGUGGAUCGGUGCAGGGAGAUUUGGUCCCCCUGGGGCAGGACCUCCACGGAACAGUCCCAGAGGUGUGGGGUCUAAUCUCUGCUGGGCUGGUGGAGGACUGCAGGUCACCCGCGAGGCAUCCAUGUAGCCUGGAUGACAGAUCCCAGGUGGGAAGGCUGUCCCUCCCAGGGUAAGGGUGGUGAGGCUGCUGCGGCCCUGAGAUCUCUGGCCAGCUCAGCCCAGGCCUGCAGAGGGUCCCAUGCCCCCAGGAUAGGGCUCUUGGUGGCCCUUGGGGUAGACAGGCCAUCUGGAGGCUCCAGGCAGCCCUGCAGGGGGGACGUGGAGGCAGUGGGCAGGAAGGCCAGCUCCACAAACCAGCACUGGAGUGAGUGGUCCAGGGUGGCUGCAGACCAGCAUGUCCUUGGGGUACACGGGCAAUGCCAGGAGAUAGGACCAAUACCCACAGGUCUGCAGGGGCGGUGUGGGGAGACAGAGGCCCCAGAAUCUUCUUCACUAAGCUGGGUCCUGGGCCUGGCCAGGCUGGGCACGUCUCAGGGGAGACAGGAGAGGGUAGGGAGAGGGUAGCCUGCAGUUCAGGCGGGUCCUGGGAGGCAGAGUAGGGGGCCUAGUGUUGAUGUGAGGGUGCAGGGUUGGGGGCCCAGCUUGUUAAUAGGAGCUGGAUAAAAAGGAGGUGAUGCAGGCCCUGCCCUGUACCUGAGCUGUCCUGAGGAGUGGACAGGCGUCCUGAGGGGUAGACAGGCAGCAUUGGAGAAGCCUCAGGGCAGGGAGGAGGGUGCUUGGUCGGGACACUCUUGGGAAUAGGGCCUGGUGAGGCUGGCAGCCUGGGACCAGGUCCUCCCACCUGUGCUCACCUGCCAGGCCCCCCUUGCCCCCCCCCCAGUGGCCAGGGCCUACAGAGCUGAAGCUGGCGCUGGCCCUGGCACCUGCCUUGACUUUGUAUCUCUGGAAUGGCCUUUGCCCUGGGCCUCGCACUCGCCCUUUGACUCGGGUUCCUCCAUAUGCUCUGCUCCGACUCUGGGUAGCUUCGGGGACCAGGGCCCACCCUGGCUCCCCAGUUCACUCUGAUCUCAGAGCUGCACACCCUCCUCUUCCCAGGGUCCAGAGCCUUGGAGGCCUCUGCUGCCCCAGUGCCCGUUGCCAAGCCAGGCAAGUGGCCUGGCAGAGAGUCUCCACCCCGCGCCCCACCCCCCCUGCAACCCAGACCUGCCCUGUCUGCUGACGAUGCUAAUCCCCGGCUCUGAGCUGCCCUGAUCCCUUGAUCCACCUCAGUUGCUGGAGGCCCCAGACACCCUGCCUAAGGACCUGGGGUCUCUUGGAAGCCAGAGCCUUUGGCCCACCACUCUGGGGUGGGUGGAGGCAGGGGACCACGAGGCGGGCACAUCCCCAGGGCCAGCAGCCCGGGUGGGGCAGUUGUCGGCAGGCCUGGAGGGAGGCCUGGAGCCCCAAGAUGCCGGCUGCCUCCACGGAGACCCAGCCUGUGGCCCUGAGCUUGGCAGAGAAGGCUGUCUGCAAGGUGGUGUAUGGCGCCCCCCGUCCCCGCCCCCUGCUACUGCCCGUGGGCCUGGAGCUGUGGCUGCAUGUGCAGAAGAUGCGCAACCUGCGGAGGAAGAGGAUGGAGGCCUCGUGCCUGGAGCUUGCCCUGGAGGGGGAGCGUCUCUGCAAGGCUGGGGAUUUCAAGGCGGGCGCGGCCUUCUUUGAGGCAGCGGUGCAGGUGGGCACCGAGGAUCUGAAGACGCUGAGUGCCAUCUACAGCCAGCUAGGCAAUGCCUACUUCUACCUGAAGGAGUACGGCCGGGCGCUGGAGUACCACAGGCAUGACCUGCUGCUGGCCCGGACCAUCGGUGACCGCAUGGGGGAGGCCAAGGCCAGUGGAAACCUGGGGAACACACUCAAGGUCCUGGGCCGCUUUGACGAGGCCGUCGUCUGCUGCCAGCGGCACCUGGACAUCGCCCAGGAGCAGGGGGACAAGGUCGGGGAGGCAAGGGCCCUGUACAACAUCGGCAACGUCUACCACGCCAAGGGCAAGCAGCUGUCCUGGAAUGCUGCCCAGGACCCCGGGCACCUGCCACCUGACGUCCGGGAGCCACUGCGCAGAGCCUCCGAGUUCUAUGAGAGGAAUCUGUCCCUGGUGAAGGAGUUGGGUGACCGGGCGGCCCAGGGCAGAGCCUACGGCAACCUAGGCAACACCCACUACCUGCUGGGCAGCUUCAUGGAGGCCACAGCCUUCCACAAGGAGCGCCUGGCCAUUGCUAAGGAAUUCGGAGAUAAGGCAGCCGAGAGGAGGGCCUACAGCAACCUGGGGAACGCCCACAUCUUCCUGGGGCGCUUUGAUGUGGCCGCCGAGUACUACAAGAAGACACUGCAGCUGUCCCGGCAGCUCAAGGACCAGGCAGUGGAGGCACAGGCAUGCUACAGCCUGGGCAACACGUACACGCUGCUGCAGGACUACGAGCGCGCAGCUGAGUACCACCUGCGGCACCUGCUCAUCGCCCAGGAACUGGCCGACAGAGUGGGUGAGGGCCGGGCGUGCUGGAGUUUGGGGAAUGCCUACGUGUCCAUGGGGAGCCCGGCGCAGGCCCUAACUUUCGCCAAGAAGCACUUGGAGAUCUCCCAGGAGAUUGGGGACCGCAAUGGGGAGCUCACCGCCCGCAUGAACGUGGCGCAGCUACAGCUGGUGCUGGGCCGGCUGACCAGCCCAGCGGCCACAGAGAAGCCGGACCUGGCUGGCUACGAGGCCCAAGGUGCCAGGCCCAAGAGGACACAGAGGCUGAGUGCAGAGACCUGGGGCCUGCUGAGGCUCCCCCUGGAGCGGGAGCAGAAUGGAGACAGCCACCAGGUGGGGGAGUGGCGGGGGCCGGGCAGGGACAUGCUCCCUCUCCCCAUGAGGAGCAGGAAGUACCAGGAGGGGCUGGAGGCUGCCGAGAGGCCCCGAGAGGGCGGCCACUCCCCGCUGGACAGCGCGGACGUCCGGGUGCAGGUGCCUCGCACGAGUAUCCCUCGGGCACCAUCCUCCGAUGAGGAGUGCUUCUUUGACCUGCUGAGCAAGUUCCAGAGCAGCCGAAUGGAUGACCAGCGCUGUCCCCUGGAGGAGGGCCAACCUGGGGCUGCAGAGGCCACAGCCGCCCCCACCCCGGAGGAGAGGGUCGCCCAGCCCUCGCUGACGGCCUCCCCGCAGACCGAGGAGCUGCUGGACCUCAUUGCCAGCUCCCAGAGCCGCCGGCUGGACGACCAGCGUGCCAGUGUGGGCAGCCUGCCUGGGCUGCGUGUCACCCACAGCAACCUGGGCCGUCUGCGUGGGGAUGGGGACCCCCAGGAGCCGGGGGAUGAGUUCUUCAACAUGCUCAUCAAGUGCCAGUCCUCCAGGAUCGAUGACCAGCGCUGCCCGCCUCCUGACGUGCUGCCCCGAGGCCCCACCAUGCCCGACGAGGAUUUCUUCAGCCUCAUUCAGAGGGUGCAGGCCAAGCGGAUGGAUGAGCAGCGGGUGGACCUUGCUGGGAGCCCAGAGCAGGAGGCAGAUGGGAGCCCUGAGCCCCAGCAGCAGUACCAGCCUGGUGCCAGCUGACUCCAUAGCCUCAGCCAGGCUGGCCCCACCCCAACUCCUGGACUUGGGGCCAGGGGGCUUACACCUGUGAUGCCCACGGCCCCUCGAGAAGCCCAUUCCUCUGGAGGCCAUGGCUGGGUGCAGGCUCUGCACCCUCUGGCCCUUCCCACUGUGCAGAUGCUAGGCACGGCCCUCACGCUGUUCCCUCCCAGGGUGGUAGGCUCAGGCAGGGCUGCCCUGGGCAUGCGGGCUCACCCCAGUCCUGGACCCGCCCCCUCCCCGCCCUGGGUCCGGCCUGCUGCUUGUUGGUCCCCAAACCCUCAAAGGCCUCUCUCCGCCCUGCCCAGCUCCAUCUCUCCGUAGCGCCCAGCAGAUGUGAAGACAGCUGCCUCCCCUGUGCCCCCGAGGGCUGUUCUAAAGCCUUUGCUGUGGUGUCUGCCAGCGACACGGACGUUUUUGUCCUCCCAAAGGGCGUCCCAGGGGUGACGGAGCAGACAUGCUGGCCCUGCCCCCUCACCCCUCCUCGGGCCGCAGCAUCAGAAAGCCUGGAGCCUGACGAGGCCAUGCUGCCAGGCCAGGGCCAGGUCGCCAUGCCCUGGGCACUCAGCCCCCAGCCCCAGCCGGCACCCAGCCCUGAGCAGGGAGAAGGCAAGGGUGGGGCUGAGCUGGGACACCCCUCGGCUCCAGCCCCAAAGCCCAGAGACACAGCGGCCUGGUUCUGGACACCAGCCAGCAGCAAAGUCAGCACCCUGACCACGCCAGGAGUGAACAGCAGGAAUGGGCCCCCAGGUGAGCACCCAGCCCUCCACUGGGCAGAUGACAUCACUGCCUUCUUGUGGGGAGGGUCCGGUGCCCACACGCCCACGUUGGCCUGCGGGCCAGGGUAGGAGGCCAGCGCUCCAGGGACUGUGGCCACAGCUCUCGUGCAGGCCUCUGCCUUGGCCAGCCGCCAGCCCCUCCAGUGAGUUCCUGGCCCCACAGCACAGCCCCUAGGGCAUGAGGGGCGCCUCCUCCCCAGGGGGCACCCAGCUGGGCUCCUCGGUCUUUCUCAGUGGCUCUCCAAGUAUGGAGAGGCUGCUGGACCCCCAUCCACCUGCAGUGCAGCCUGGGGCCCAGGGGCCAUGCCCCGAAGGGUGUGGGUGGGGGCCCAGGUGCGGGGUCAGAUGCACAACACAGGCUUCUUCUUGGCCGCCCCACAUACUUGAAUGUACAUGCAUAUUUAUUGCUCACAUGUGUUUGCCAUGCUGUCAGUGGGUCCUUUCCAACCCAAGGUACAUUUUUUUGUUUUUUUCCCAAAAAAAUAAAGUCUGCCAAGUGAA